UCAAGAAGUAAAUCAACCAUCAGGUAGUAAACACAGAGAGGGAGCUAGCAAAAAUUACCGAGAAAUGGGAGCAUCCACAAAGUCAGUUGUUUCUCGGAACACUGGAAUCAAGAUGGUGCUUGCAGUUGCGAUGAUUGCACUUUUCCUCCAAAUCAGUGAUCAUCAAGUCCAGGCACAGGGGCCUAACUGCUCAGGUACACUUAGCAGCUUGAACACAUGUGCACCGUUUGUUGUGCCUGGUGCCAACAAUAGCCCCAGCCCAGAAUGCUGUUCAGCCCUGCAGAGCGUAGACCAUGACUGCUACUGCAACACUCUCCGAAUUGCUGCUCAGAUUCCUACCCACUGCAACCUCCCUCCACUGUCUUGUGCAGUAAACUGAGGUGGAAGCACAUGGAUGAUCAAGAAAUAAUGUGAAAGAACAUGGUCAAUUACACUUUCCUUGGCAUUUGAUACUACAAUAUUUUCUUUUCUUUUUCGCUGAUUGCAGUGCUUGCUUUAGAUUUGCAAUCAAGCGAUCUUGUGUAACGGAGAUCAAUGGAACUCUUUUUAUCAUAAAAAUGAAAUAAAACAAAGAAAAUAUGUAUCCGUUAUAACUAAAACGGCACAAGUUUCCUA